ACCGUAUUAACUCCGUAUGACCCGGAAGUAGUAUUGGUACUGAAGCCGAUACACAAUUUUCAUUGAUUCCAUACACUUUGUAAUUUUUAGUGACUGACAUUCACUGUUACACCGGUUGAUGUAAAGUUGAAGUAGAAUUAAGUAUUCAAAAUGUCUGAGGCAACGGAAGACGCCAAAUCAGACGUUAAAUCCGUUGCAGAAAUUCUCAACUCAAAAGGAAAUGAUGAACUGAAAUUUGGUCUGCUAAUUGGAUUAAUCAAGGUGAACCAAGUGUCAGAUAAAGAUGUUGUCAACACAGUGUUGCACCUGCUGGUCAGUGGAGAGUUUGACAUUGAGGCCAACUUUGUCAUCCAGGACCCCCAGAACAUCGUUCAGAUGCUGAAGGUGGUUGAACACUGCCCUGUUACUCUACAGGCUGAGAUCUGGAGUGUUGUCAUGGCGAUGUUAAAGAAGAGCAGACGGAACCUGCAGGCGUGCACAGAGAUAGGUCUCAUCUCCCGGGUCAUGGACAUGGUGCUCGCUGCAGACGACAUAGUCUCAGACCUGCUUGUGGACAUGCUGGGAGCCCUGGCGGCCUACAGUAUCACUGUGAGAGAACUCAGACAGCUGUUCAGAUACCUGAAGGCCGAGGAUGGGAAAUGGCAAAGGCACUCUGUAAAGCUGAUCUCGGUGCUGAAGCAGAUGCCCAAGAGAUAUGGACCAGACGAGUUCUUCAGCUUUCCUGGAAAGAAAGGAUCUUGCAUCCACCUGCCCCCUAUCAAGACCUGGCCCUACCAGAACGGCUGGACGUUCUCAUGCUGGAUGAGACUGGACCCCGUCACUGGAGUCACUGUAGAACAGGAGCGACCUCACCUGUUCUGUUUCCAUACAAACAAGGGAGUGGGCUACUCCGCCCAUUUCCUAGGCAAUGCCCUAGUUAUCACCUCUAUGAAGGUCAAGGGAAAAGGUUUCCAGCACUGUGUCAAAUACGAGUUCCAGCCUAGAAAGUGGUACAUGGUGAGUGUGGUGUUUGUGUACAACCGGUGGAGCAAGUCUGAGAUACGUUGCUACGUUGACGGACAGCUCGCCUCAGGAACAGACAUGUCAUGGCUGGUCAGCUCCUCUGAUCCAUUUGACAAGUGCUUCAUUGGAGGCAGUUCAGAUGGUGACACGGACCACAUGUUCUGUGGUCAGCUAUCUACUGUGUACGUGUUGAGUGAGGCUCUGUUCCCUCAACAGCUGUCUGCCAUACAUGAACUGGGGCCCAGCUAUAAGAGUCAAUUCCGUUUUCCCAAUGAGAGCAUAGUACGUCUAUCAGAAACAGCUCAGAAGUUGCUGUAUGAUGGCAAGUUGACGACCAUCAUCAUGUUCAUGUACAACCCGAUAGCCUGCGACGCCCAGCUGUGCCUGGAGUCCUCACCAAAAGGCAAUGUCAGCCACUUCCUGCACUCACCACACGCCAUGAUGUCAGGGGAGGUGAAGUCAGUGAUUACCCAUUCCAUACACAGUACUCUUCAUUCUUUGGGUGGGGUACAGAUCCUGUUCCCCCUAUUUGGACAGUUGGACUUGCCUGUCUGCCAGACAAAGGGCACAUCCUCAGCCGUGGAACAUUCCACUUGCAAUGCGUAUGAGUUGAUAUUUGCCAACCUGUUGGGCCUGCUGCACAAUCUGAUAGAGAGCUCAAACACCAUCCACCAGCAGAUGGUGCAGAACAAGGGCUUCCUGGUCAUAGGACAUCUCCUGGAGAAGUCCUCGAGGGACCACAUCACCCCGGCAGUGCUAGAGGUGUUCCUCAACCUGACCAACUAUCUGGUCAAGUGUCCCACUGGGGGCACGCUGCUCAAGCACCUGUUUGACCAUAUUCUCUUUAACCCUGCACUCUGGAUACACUCCUGUAUGGAGGUGCAGACAAAGCUGUACUGUUACUUGGCGACAGAUUUUAUCAGCGACGCACAGAUCUACACCAACAUUCGGCGGGUCAGCGCAGUCCUGCAGACUAUGCACACGCUCAAGUACUACUACUGGGUUAUCAACCCCAAGGACCGCAGUGGCAUCACACCCAAGGCUGUUGAUGGCAUGCGGCCUGACUAUGACGAGAUCGUCAAGCUGAGGUCCUUCAUGCUUCUCUAUCUGAAGCAGCUGCUGCUGAAGGGGCAGGGGGUACAGGACGACGAGCUGCAGAGCAUACUCAACUACCUGUGUACCCUUCAUGAGGAUGACAAUCUGGUGGAUGUGUUGGACCUGUUGGUCAGCCUGAUGGCCGAGCAUCCAGCCUCCAUGGUGCCUGCCUUUGACAGCAAGCUGGGAAUAAGGACUGUGUUCAAGCUGCUAGCCUCUCCGACUGAAGCAAUCCGGAUCAAGACCCUAAAGCUGUUUGGCUAUUGGCUCAUGAGAAGUACACCCAGGCGAAAGCAGGACUCCCUGUCACAACACAACCUGUUCUCCCUGCUCGGGGACCGUCUGCUGCUUAAUGACCAACAUAUCACCAUGGCAACCUACAAUGCCCUCUUUGAGAUGCUGGUUGAGAGAUUGAGUGAAGAUGUUCACAAAACCAGGCACGUGGAGCCAGAUGGACAUUUCCGUAUUGAGAACUCGGCCCUUCUGAAGGUGAUUGCAACGAUGAUCAGACAGUCGACCACAAAUGUGAUGGAGGUCAAACGCACCUUCCUCUCCGACCUCACUAUUCUAUGCACAAACAACAAGGAAAACAGGAGAACUGUCCUGCAGAUGUCAGUGUGGCAGGACUGGCUGUUCUCGAUGGCGUACGUGUACCCCCAGACCCAGCACCAGCACAAGGUGACAGAGAUGGUGAUGGCGCUCUUCCGUAUGCUGCUCCACCACGCCAUCAAGUUUGAGUACGGCGGCUGGAGGGUCUGGAUUGACACGCUUGCCAUCCUGCACUCCAAGGUUGCCUAUGAGGAUUUCAAGCUGCACAUGGCCAAGAUGUACAAGCAGUAUGACAGACAGAGGGUGGAUGACAAUGCAGACAUGGACGAAAGAAACCAGCGACCAAUUAGCACCAUAUCAGGAGUGUCUGACGCAGAGAUCAACAAACCACUGCCGAAAUCCACGGUCAAGGUCACAGAAAUCAAGGAGGAUGAAUCAGGCGGGUCACAGGUCAACGAAGGAGCAGGAGGGGAUAUGGAAAGCAGCGUAAGAGAUGUGAAGCCCAAUGCAGGGGAGACGGACAAGCCUGCGCAGGAAGGUAAGGCUAACAAUGAUGGUGCAAGCAAGGAGAGGAAAGUACCUUCGAGAACUGAGUCAACACGCAGCAGUCAGAGAAUGUUUAGUUCAGGACCUCGGGCCCCUCCGUUCAGGAUUCCAGAGUUCAGGUGGUCCUAUCUCCACCAGAAACUGCUAUCAGAUCUCCUUUUCUCGAUUGAAACAGAUGUCCAAGUUUGGAAGAGCCACACGACCAAGACGGUGAUAGACUUUGUGAACGCAAGUGAGAACAACAUCUACGUGGUGAACGUGACUCACAUGAUCUCCCAGCUGGCUGAUAACCUCAUCACUUCCUGUGGCGGCCUCCUGCCUCUACUGGCAGCAGCCACGUCCUCCAGUGGAGAAGUGGAGAUCCUGGAGCCCACUCAAGGCCUAAGCAUUGAGCAGGCAGUGUCCAUCCUGCUGAGAAUCAUGAACCUCACAGACAUCCUUGUGUUUGCAAGCUCGACAAACUUCGCUGAGCUAGAGCAAGAGAAAAACAUGCCGUCUGGUGGAAUCCUCAGACAGUGUCUUAGACUGGUCUGUACAGCAGCAGUGCGUAACAGUCUGGAGGUGCGUCAACGUGCCAUGCCACGAACACCACCGACUCCCUCUAGCUCCGCCCAUCCUCUCGCCUUUCGCAGUGACAGCCGGACGGCAAAUGGCACCACGGACCCAAUACAGGCGCUAAUUGACGGAUCUCAUCCUACACAGAGGAACAUUGUAGAAAACCUCAAUGAAGCUGUAUCGCCAGUGAAGGAUUUUGACAAGCUUCUCCAAGACAUGGAUAUCAACAGACUGAGAGCCGUUGUUUACCGAGAUGUGGAGGAGACUAAGCAUGCCCAGUUCCUGGCCCUAGCCAUUGUGUACUUCACCUCUGUGCUGAUGGUGUCCAAGUACCGGGACAUACUCGAGCCCCCAAGCCCUGCACAGACCCCAAACCAGGCCUCUCGCCGGAGCUCAAGUCACACACCCUCAGGCCAGCAGGGCAGCGGGAGUGAGUCAGAGGACAAUGUCAGUGAGAACCAGUCUGGGGCAGGUGCCAGUGAGACGGAUGACCCCAUCACUUCACAAAUAAGUGUACCAGUCGAUGUCCAUGCACCAGACUCCACGAAGGAAGCAGCUGAACAACUGUCGCCACAGAGACCUGAAACAGAGGGUGAGGAGGAGGAAGAACACGAUGAUGCAGAUGAGGAUCAGAAGACAGAAGGUGAUGGAGAGGAAAACCUUGAUUCAGAAAAUAAACCUGGUGAUGAUGAAAGUGAAGCAGAUGAUCAGGCUACAGGAAGUGAUAAUUCCUUUGUUGCUGAAAAGAAAGAAGACCAGAUUGUGGAACAAACUGAUGAACAAACAAGUGAAGAAGUAAAUAGCAAAACUGCAGGAAAAUCAAAGAAAACUAAACAUCAAGAUGAGUUAAGAAAUGAAGAAAUUGAAGAAGUAUCAGAUAAUACAGAAAGCCAAGAAAGGGUGGAGGACAAUACAAAUGAGCAGGAUAUAAAAGAAAAAUUAAAUGACAUUCAAAGCUCAGAGAAAGCAGAAGGGCAAAAUGUUGAAAACAAUGUAAAAGAUGUUUAUGUUGCAGAUGAAGAGGUAAAGAAAGAUGUUGAUAAAGGGGUAAAGGGAGAUGAUGAUGUGGAGGAAGCUUUUGAAGCAGAACCAGCAGUAUUGACCAAUGGUGAUGCUGAAGAUAAGGAUGGAGAUGAUGCUACUAGUGAGGGUGCUGAUUUUAAUGAAGACAACGAAGAAGAUGAACCAGUUCAUACUAUAUCAUCAAUUUCUGGUGGUGCUGGGAAACACAAUGAAAGUACAGAUAGUAAGAAGCCAGAGAAGCUAGAGUUGAAGAAUACACCAAUUCCAGCUCCAGUCAAUCUGUCAAUGCUGGAUUCUGGAAACUUGACUGAGCGCCUUGAAAAGGCUUUGGGCUCAGUGGCACCACUUUUGAGGGAGAUCUUUGUGGACUUUGCAUCGUACCUGUCUAAAACUUUGAUUGGUUCCCAUGGACAAGAACUUCUUAUUGGAGGUCUGGUGACGUUGAAGCAGAGUACGUCGGUGGUGGAGCUGGUGAUGCUGCUGUGUUCCCAGGAGUGGCAGAACUCCCUGCAGAAGAACGCUGGCCUGGCCUUCAUAGAGCUUGUCAACGAAGGGAGGUUGCUGGCUCAUGCCACACGGGACCACAUCGUGCGGGUAGCCAAUGAGGCGGACUUCAUUCUGAACAGGAUGAGGGCAGAGGAUGUACAGAGGCACGCUGAGUUUGAAUCACUGUGUGCCCAGAUGAUGCUGGACCGUCGGGAGGAAGAGAAGCUGUGUGACCACCUGAUCACGUCAGCCAAGAGGCGCGACUACACGGUCGCCCUGAGGCUGCGAGACAAGGUCCUCAACAUCCUCGACAACAAGCAUGGGCCCUGGGGCGAACCAGGACAAGAGAAACUGGAGUUUUGGAAGUUGGAUGUUUGGGAGGAUGACAGCCGGCGCCGACGGAGGUUCAUCAAGAAUGCUAUAGGCUCCUCCCACCCGGAGGCCACUCUGAAGGCAGCCAUUGAACAUGGUGCGACUGAGGACGCCAUUAAUCAGGCCCGUGAUGCGUUCCAUGCAGAGUUGGCCAGCAAGAAGGUUCAGUCCAGCCUUCAACCAGACUACACAGACGAGCAGCUUCUGAUGGAGGACAAUGGAGACUACGACUUUGAAAUGGAGUACUCUGGUCCUGUUGCCAUGUCUACCACGUGCAAGCUGAUAGCCCCCGGGGUUGCCAUUAACGGGCUCAUGUCCGUCACGAAGACAGACCUCUACUAUGAGAUGGACGAGGAAGAUGCCGAGAACAAGAAAAUAGACCCACAGGUGCUGGCCUACAUCGACUGUCUGCAUGGCAAGUGGAACUUCAACGAGAUUCGCGCCAUCUUCUCGCGCCGCUACCUGCUGCAGAAUGUCGCCAUCGAAAUAUUCCUCGCAAACAGAACCGCAAUCAUGUUUGCAUUCCCUGACCAUGCCACCGUAAAGAAGGUGAUCAACGUGCUACCCAGGGUCGGCGUAGGGGUCAAGUAUGGACUCAGCCAGUCAAGACGAAUGUCCUCUGCAUCAGGCAAGCAGCUCUUUAAGUUAUCACAGAUGACCCAGAAGUGGCAGCGGCGAGAAAUCUCCAACUUUGAUUAUCUUAUGUACCUUAACACCAUAGCUGGUCGCACCUACAAUGACUUGAACCAGUACCCAGUGUUUCCUUGGGUGAUAGUCAACUAUGACACAGAUGAGCUCGAUCUCUCUCAGCCCAAUAACUUCCGGGAUCUCUCAAAGCCUGUGGGUGCGUUGAACCCGAGUCGCAAGGAGUUCUUUGAGGAUCGUUACAACACGUGGGAACACGAUCAGAUCCCUCCAUUCCACUAUGGCACUCACUACUCCACCGCCGCAUUCACACUCAACUGGCUCAUACGAGUGGAGCCAUUCACGUCCAUGUUCCUCAACCUGCAGGGAGGCAAGUUUGAUCACGCCGACCGCAUCUUCCACUCCGUCUCUCAGGCCUGGAAGAACUGCCAGCGAGACACGUCUGAUGUCAAGGAAUUGAUACCUGAGUUCUUCUCGCUGCCUGAAAUGUUCAUGAACAACAACCGCUAUGAGCUAGGCAAGAUGGAUGAUGGGAAGAAAGUCACUGACGUUGUACUGCCGAAAUGGGCGCGCGGGCCUGAAGACUUUGUCAGGAUUAACAGAAUGGCUCUGGAGUCAGAGUUUGUAUCGUGCCAGCUUCACCACUGGAUAGACCUCAUCUUUGGAUACAAGCAGAGAGGUCCCGAGGCAGUGCGAGCCACAAAUGUGUUCUACUAUCUCACAUACGAGGGUGCUGUCAACCUGGAUACAAUGACUGACCACGUCAUGAAAGAAGCAAUUGAGAACCAGAUACGCAGCUUUGGACAGACACCGACUCAGCUGUUGGCAGAGCCCCACCCCCCUCGCAGCUCGGUCAUGCACCUGCUGACUCAAAAUUAUAGCAAGGAAAAUCGAAGCAUUUUGAAGAAGUCCCCGAUGAUGUUCACAAGCGUGCAAGAUGACGUUUGCAUGAUCAUGAAGUUCCUGUCCAACUCGCCCGUCUGCCACGUGUCGGCCAACACCCACCCAGCGGUGCCUAGUCCAGCUGUCACCACCAUCACGUGCAAUCACAACUUUGCCAUCAACAAGUGGAACUCCAACUACCAGCAUCAAGGUACACCAACCAGUCUAGGGUCCCAGGACAACAAGGAUGGGAAGGAGGCCCCAGCCAAUCUACCCCUAGCCAUGGACCAGCUCCUGGUGUUGAACACAGGCCUACAGAGGCGUAACCUUGGUGACAACUUUGACCAGCGUCUCAAAGUCACCCAAAGCCACUUUGUUACGACUGCAGACAACCGCUUCCUGUUUGCCUGCGGAUUCUGGGACAAGAGCUUCCGGCUCUACCUGGCUGACACAGCUAAGAUCCUGCAGGUGGUUUACGGCCACUAUGAUGUCGUCACGGUGAUCACCCGGUCAGAGUGUAACCUUAACCAGGACUGCUACGUGGUGACUGGCUCCAAGGACUGUACUGUCAUGGUGUGGAUGUUCACCUCACGUAACCAGGCCAUCAUUGGGGACAACGGAAGUAUAGAGCAGCCAACCCCCAAGGCCACAUUGACUGGUCACAGGUCAGAGGUGACGUGUGUGAGUGUGCUAGCAGAGCUUGGCAUGGUCAUCAGUGGAUCACUGGACGGCCCCUGCCUGCUGCACACCCUGUCUGGGGACCUGCUCCGCUCCCUGGAGCCGCCAGGGACCAAUCAGAUGACAGCCAACCUGAUCUGCAUGUCCCGUGAGACGUUCGUCAUGAUAAAGUUUGACGCUGGAGACAUCUGCAACUUCAGCAUCAACGGCAGGCUGCAGAAACACUUCAGGCACAAGGACAAUGUACAGGCUAUGACGCUGAGUCGUGAUGGUCAGUACAUGAUGCUGGGAGGUGACGGGGGCGUGGUGGAGGUGUGGCGGUCACAUGACCUCACGCUGCUGUACACGUACCCGCCCUGUGAUAGCUGCAUCUGCUCCCUGGCUCUCUCACAUGAUCAAAAGUUCCUCAUGGCUGGCCUGGCCACUGGCUGUCUGCUCGUUUUCAACAUCGACUUCAACAAGUGGCACCACGAGUACCAGGAGAAAUACUAACAGCAGGGACACACUGGCUUGAGAACAGUGAGGUGUUCACACUAAUGAGAUUCCUUGUUGUUAUAAAAGAAUGAAAAGGACUUGGCAACAUACUUUUUUCAGAAAUGCUUGCUUGAGACUGCCAGUAUAGGGAUCUUUUAUUUGUUUGUGAAGUCAUAAAAUUAGCAUUAUAAAAUAUAUAAUAAUAUUGAAAGGAAUGGCCAUGUCAAGAAACGUUUUGAACUGUAAUCGAGUUAUUUCAGAAAGAUAAGUGAGUAGCUGUACAUGAGUAUAAAGGAUUCAAACCAUUUGAAAUGCUUUUUGUCUACUCAGACAAAUGUACCAAUUACUGUGAGCAAGCAGGAUGUCAAUGGGGGAAAUAGUUUACUGAUGUUUUCGUUAGUUUCUUGCAAAUUUGCAGAGUGUAUCGAGUGAGAUACAAAUGUAUAUAUGACUUAUAGGCAUGUUACAUUUUUGUAUUAUUCAUAACAAUCAUAUUUGCAAAUAUAUGAUUAAAUAGAAUGGUUAUAAACUAUUGAUUUUAUUACAGUUAAAAACUGCUAUCCCUAAAAUAAAUAAUUCAUUUAGUAAAGUUGAGGUUAUGUUUUGUAACAUAAAAAUCAUGUCUGCAUGUAUGAUUGUCCCUUUAAACUGAGUGUAUUUAAAAUUUGCAAGAAGGUUCAUUCAAUAUUAAUUCUCAAUAUAAAAUAGAUAUAUCUAUAAAAAUGUAUUUAAAAAAGAAUAAUUAAAAAUAUAUUUGCUUAAUUCAAUUAUUUUUUACUGCAUGUUGUUUCUAUUUGAUUUUUAAAUAAUGUGUUGUUGUUUCCCCCAAACAAUAGUUGUGUUAUGACCGGUAACAUUCCAAUGUAUAGCUCUAUAAAACAUUUAAAUACAGUUUAUAGUUAUAAUGUAUUAAAAGUUAAAUAUUACCUACUAUAUUAUUGUUAUAUUUAUGUUACAGUUGCAGUAUAUAAGUUUUAAUUAAAGAUAUUCUGUUUGCAAAUUGUGUUUGUUAAUGUUUGUGUGUAUUCAUAUUAGGUAGAAAAUUAGUGAAUUGUUUCUUUUUUUAUUGCACUCAAAUUCUUCAAGACUGUGAAUUUAGUGCUGUAUUAAGUGCUACGUGUUAUGGUGUCAAUAUUAGCUAACCACAUAUCAAUAAUAACACGGCAUUAGGUCGGAGGGCACAUAUUGAGCAUCUAUGGAAAAUCUUAACCCUAUCUAUUGUCAACUUUAAAUCUCGUAUAUUUAUGCAAUAAUAUGUGUAAUUAACUUGUUCAAGUAGACGACAAACUACACAAUUGUCUAAUGCAUGGAAUUGUAUGCGACUGUUCAAACACAAAUAAUGGUCAACGCUCUAUGUAUGAUUGGCUUUACUAAAGGUCUUUAACAUAGAUCUUUGGCUGUUCCUUUUAAGGAAAGUAGCUAUACAAUAGUAAUAUGCUUAUUGAUUGGUAGCUAUACAAUAGUAAUAUGCUUAUUGAUUGGAAGCUAUACAAUAGUAAUAUGCUUAUUGAUUGGUAGCUAUAAAAUAGUAAUAUGCUUAUUGAUUGGUAGCUAUACAAUAGUAAUAUGCUUAUUGAUUGGUAGCUAUACAAUAGUAAUAUGCUUAUUGAUUGGUAGCUAUACAAUAGUAAUAUGCUUACUGAUUGGUCACUGAUUUUAUAUGAGCAUAGCUCUGGCAUCUUUUAUAGCAACAAUAACAUAUCUCUGUACGCACAUGUUUUUGGGGUCAGUAUACAAGGCCACUGACAGAGUAAUAAAUAGUUGAAGUGCGGGUCUGGGAAAAGCUCUUGACGCUGUGAUUUACACGCUCUUAUUCUUCGGGAAUGAUAGAAAUGAAAAAAAUUGAGAAUUGCUCUAGAAAAACGGUGCUUUAAGCAUGUGUGUAAAAUGUCAUCCCAGAUUAGCCUGUUUCCACUUCUUGGUAUGUUUCGUUUAAAGGAAGUCUUUCCUUAGCAAAAAUCCGGUGUAGGCGGAAAAUUUUGUCCCUGAUUAGCCUGUGUGGAUUGCACAGGCUAAUCUCGCACGACAGUUUACAAACCUGCAAUAAUCCCCGUGUUCCCAGAGUGAUGCUCAGAUUUACAUGAGAUUGAACCACAAAUAGCUGUGUAGAUUCUUGCCCUGUAGCAGUAUAAACAGUGUGAUGUACUAUUUAUUUAGGUAUUGUCUAUGAAUUGUUAAACAAUUGUUUUUUAUGCCCCCAAAGGAGGGCAUCUAGUGAUAGGACUGUCCGUCCGUCUGUCCGUCACAUUUUGUGUUUAGGUUUCGAAAAAUGCUCAUAACUUCUAUGUCGCUUGAGAUAGCAAUUUCAUAUUUGGCAUGCAUGUGUAUAUGGACAAGGCCUUUCCAAACGCACACAAAUGUUGACCCUGUGACCUUGAACUUAGGUUCGCGUUUAGGUUUCGAAAUCUGCGUUUAGGUUUGGAAAAAAGCUCAUAACUUCUAUCAAGUGUUUAUAGGGGGCAUAAGUCAUCCUAUGGUGACCACUCUUGUUUAAUUAUACUUUUAAUUGUUUUUGUUUGCAUUUUUCUGUGUGGUCUCUGUUUAAUUAUGUGAGUUGUUUGUAUGUGUUAUGUGCUGAAAUUUACAACGUACAGAGGUUUGUCAAUCAUUCAAAUAUUACUCAAGAAAUAGGUUUAAUAAGUACUGCAAAUCAGAAAGUAUGAUCACUAUUAAAAACGAAAUUAUUUUUUUCUUAUUUAGGCAUAUUAUUCAAAAUGAAGUAUAUUAUUUAUACAUGUAUAAAACAUCAAUUUGAAUUCUUAUGUAUUGCUCAAAAUAAUUAAACCGAUGGUUUGUAUUUUAGGUUAAAGCACAGAGAAUACCUAGUUAUAAAUCUUGUAUUGCUGACAAUAGCCUGACAUUCCUAGGGCUGGCCAGACAUUAUUGUUUAAUUAUUACUUGAGCCUCGGUUCGGGACUUAAUUUAUGUGCGUAAAGUGUCAUCUAAUGUUAGCCUGUGCAGUCCGCAGAGACUUAGCAGGGACAAAACUUUUCGGUUAAACUUGACUUUAACAAAUAAGUGACUUCCUCUGCCUCUGCAGACUGCAAAUACUAAUUUGAGACGACACUUCGCUCAUAUGCAUUUAGCCCUGUUUUCCCAGAGCUACUGAUUUGUAAUUUGAAGCUGUAGUUCUUGAAAAUUGUAUGUGCAUUACAAAAAUGACGAACAUUCCCUGAUAAAUGACUUUAUAUACAUUUGUGUACUACGUUAUUGUAAAUUGUAACCGUGUAUUUUUGUUACGCUUUUAAAUACCUUCUGUACGGUGCUGGUCUGUAUGAGAGUCAAUUACACCUAAUGAGGCUUAUUGUCAUCGGGGCAAUACAAGACUCCGCAUUUCUGUCAGUGUUGUUUGUCCGUUCGAAGUCGAUGUUUUGCGGAGUUGUGAAUAACACUUUCUAAUCCUGAAUAAACACUGCAUCAUCAAGAA